GAAUAACAUCUCUCUUUUGUCUUGGUUUUUUUAUUUUGCUAAUUAGUCUUCCAGUUAAAACAACUUCAAUCAUCAUUACGAAAUUUAUCCCCUUUCUACCCAAGUUGAAGGACAGCCGGACGUAAGUUCAGAGUUGAUGGGUGUCAACAACGUCGCAGUGCUGAUUAUUAUCGAAUCAGAAUUAUGGAGGUUACUCCUUUGGAUGUAGAAGAAUUUGACCCCAGUACUGCGACGACCCUGUUGGAUCUUCCAGACUCUCUAAUUCUCAAAGUAUUCAGCUAUCUCAACAAGUUUAAGGAUAUCGGAUCUCUAGCAAAAACCAAUUGGAGGUUUAAUGGUAUUUGUGAUGAUGAGAUUUUAUGGAGGAAUCUUUUCCAUCGGCAUUUUCACGUGGGAGUUGGUCUAUUUCCAGGACCUUCAUAUUACGCAAGUUGGCGAAGUGAAUUUCGUCGACUGAUUGAUGAUACGCCGUCUAUUGAGGUGGAGGAGGUGAUCAAACACACUGAUCAAGUGCUUCAUGUGUCAUUUUCCCACGAUGGAAAACGAUUCGCCACAUCCGCUAAGGACGGCCAGAUUGUGGUUUGGAGGAGUGGACAUCCGGUGAGGGAAGAGUUCUCGAAAAACAUGAAAUUUUUCAGUUGGAAGUACACCCAGUUUUCCCAGUUUAACGAAUCCGAUACACUUUUGCUUGUUUCUGGCGUACUAUUCGGACAUCACAGCACUUCAGGAGAGAUUUGCGUUUUAAGUUUAAAAGACGGAUUUCAACUGCAAUGCAGAGUUCAGAGCAAGCCUUACGAUAUUUUUGGAACUUGGUACUCUGACAUGUUUUUUCUCUCUGGUAAACACCAAUGGUUAAAUAAUAUGGUCAGCAAGUCAGUUAUUUGGCUGAAUAUGGCUUCUCAGGAAUCACAAUCCGAACACGCUGCUGUCAUAAACGAGCUGUACACUUUCUAUAAUCCAAAAGCCUCGUCGGUCCGAUCGUUAAUGAUCGCUAAUUGUGUGGAUGGUCCAGAAGUUGAUGGAAACUCCUCGCCGCAGGACAAAAAUAUGCCAAAGGACAGGAAACCUUCAGAAUCUCCGUCUUGUUCCAAAGAUACCAGAACUGGAAACCCACUCUCCAGUCUUCAAACAGAACGUCAAAAUCUGUUCCAAAUUAAUUCGCAAGAACAUCAAGGUCCAGCAGCAGGGUUGCAGGAUCCAAAUUGGCAACAUCGGGAUAACAUUGCAAAUAUUGAUUACUCGGAAGAAUUCAGGAACACGAGACCAUAUUCCUACCGAAAUGAGACGCCUGGCGUAGAUGAAAGUUUGUCUGGUGGAAUAAUGAGAGGUGGUCGAGGAGGAACGAGUACGACUUCUUCAUCCAUGGAAGACUUACUUUACAGUGAUGACAUGGACGCUGUGGAGGAUGACGCAACAUCUUCUUCUACUAGUCCAGAUGAGGAUAAAAACAGGAGGGGAGCUUCGGUAGAAGAAGAUUAUAUUUUGGACGGUCGCGAAAAGCUCUUAAUUUUCACGUGUAGCUCUGAAACUUACACCCCUCACAGGAUUGGUUUUAAGAGAAUAAAGCCAAUGACCUUUAACGGCAGAAUUGAUCCUGGUCCUAGCGUGAGAGAGAGGAUUGAAGAGUACAAGAGGAGGAGGCAGAUGGAAUUGGACGGCGUGGAUGAACCAGACAUUAACUGGGCAAAUUAUGAAGCUGUUGCUGAUAGAUUUGAUAAGGUCGACCACAUUGUUGAUUUACACGGUCACAUUAUUGGAAUGGCACUCUCACCUGACCAUCGCUACCUUUAUGUAAAUAGUCGUCCAUGGCCGGAAGGCUACACAAUUUCCAAUCCUCUGGACCCUCCUCCCAUUGCGAGCGAAAUUGACAUUCAUGUCAUUGACUUGAAAACGAUAACCCAAGUGGGGAGGAUGCGUCAAGCACAUCGAGCCUACACUCCGAACGAGGAAUGUUUCUUUAUAUUUUUGGACACGUGUGACAAGUUUGUGGCGAGUGGAGCGGAAGACAAGCACGGCUACGUUUGGGACAGGCAUUACGGAAUCUCUCUGAUUAAACUCCCACACAACGAUGUCGUUAACUCUGUGGCCUUCAAUCCUAUGAAUUCUCAUAUGCUCGUCACUGUGUCGGAUGAUAAUACCAUUAAAAUUUGGAGAUCACGGGCACAAUGUCGGCGCCUCGGACUAGAUGUCCCCACAAUGAAAAAAGGGACAACGCUAUACGAUUUAAGAAAAGGGCGAGUUUCUACCAAGGUGUCGUGAUUAGCUCACUAAUAUUACUUUAGGUGUUUAAGCUCGCUCAUAUUCGAGUCCAAUUUCAUCUCCGUUUUGGUCUAGUCGGAUGCAGUGCGUGCUUAACUCGUGUUAUUUUUUACUCGUAACAUUUUUAUAUGAAAUAAUCCAGUGAAUUUAUUAUAACUGUGGUGCUACUAAUACUCUCACUAAUUAUUCCUUAAUACCAAGCCGACAGUUUCGGUUUCUUAUUCAGUUCACAAGCGUACUUAUUUGAUAUGUGUGCUGAGAGUGUGAUUUUACUAAUAUCAGUUAGUAACCGGUAGUUAGUAAUUUAAGCCGUCCAGAACGGAUAAUCCUGUAAAUCGAAAGCUUUAACAAGGACGGAUAUACGAAUUGAGCCGCACGGAAUUAUCUAAAUUAUAUAUUAUGCAUGUGUCGAUGAGCGAGUGAAUGAGUGGCUUGCGCCCAUUUCUAUUUUGUAUAAAACUCGGAUUAUUAUUUGAAAUGCUAAGAAAGUCCAAAAGUGCCCGGAAACAGAAGAAUUAAUAAUUAAUUACAUACUGAAAAUCGAAAUCAUCGAUCUUUUAGAGCUUUAAUAAUAUGUAAAUUGUUGUGUUGCUGAAUAAAUCAGAGGAAAAUAAUAAAGAUACUAAAAAUGCA